AUGGGUAAGCCGUUCGCCGAAGACAUCAAAAUUGGCAAAAUGGUUCAAAACGGGUUGAAAACAGGGCGAAUCUUGAGCCAAUCCGCCAUCAGAUCUAUCUCCCAAGCCAUUCAGGGUGGGUUUGGAGGAGUAGCGAAGGGCAAGAAAAAGGAAGAAACAUCCAUGGCAGCGUCGGGUUCAAGAAAACACCGUACUCCUAGAUCCCUUUUCUUAGAAAGAACCCCGCAGCACUAUUACCCCCACCAAGACGUAGCCUAUGCUCCUCAGCCAUACACGGUUAUGAAUGCUCAACCUUAUGUCUGGCCACAACAACAAGCCAAUCGGAACCAAGCUCCAUUUUCUAGAAACCAGCCUCCUUACCAAAACCACUACAACCCCCGACCUCCACAAAACAAUUUUCACCCUCGUGAACUGCCCAAGAGGCCAAAGUUUACGCCAAUUGGCAAACCCUACUCCAGCAUGUUACCAAAGCUUGUUCAAAUGGGUCUGCUACAGACUAUUCCUCAAACCAGGCAAAACCCAGCAUCACCCGCUUACAGAGUCGGUACCCAAUGCACCUAUCACUUAGGGGCAGAAGGGCACGACAUGGAUGAUUGCCGGAAUCUGAAGAGAGCUGUAGAGAACUUGAUAGAACAAAGGAAGAUAGUGCUAAUGGAUGAAGAUAUUCCCAAUGUGACUAACAACCCACUGCCGACCCACAACAACGAGCUGGCUUCCCCGAAGCAAGACAAAGGGGAGAAAGAGAACAAAACCACCCCUCCAAAGUCAGAGAAGAAAGUUGAAAUUGAAACUGGGGCAACGCCUCCCAAAGAUGUUGUCCUCUAUAUCCCUCGAGGCCGCAAAGAAAGGCAGAUGACUUUGAGUCCUCCUAGGAGAUUUGAGCUGAAUAAGACAACCCAAAUGUAUGUGCCCAAGGGAGAUUAUGUGAUGCGGGGGCCAAUUAAUCCACCAAGGCUGAGUGAGCCUAUGGUUAUUGGCCGCGCACCACAAAAACCCAUAACGGAUCCUACCGCUGUGCCCUGGAACUACAACAAAUUAGUGGUGACUUACAAAGGCAAUGAAAUCUCGGGAGAAGUUCAAGAAAAUAACCCAGCUGAAAAGUAUUUCAAAUUAGAAGAGGUGAACAAUGCCACUAGAAAGCGCUUCCCAUCUAAGAAGCUCGUGAGUACCGAAGAAGCGGAGGCCUUUUUUCAAAAGAUGAAAAUGGCGGAUUAUGAGGUGAUCGACCAGCUUCGAAAAUUUCCCGCACAAGUCUCCUUGUUAUCUCUGUUGAUGAACUCCACCGAACAUCAAAAGGUAUUGAUCAAGACCCUUAACGAAGCAUAUGUGCCUGUUGAGACUUCUGUAGAGCAGUUGGAGAGAAUGGACGAAAUAUUUUUUGCAAUCAACCAGAUCUCCUUCAGCAAAAAUGACUUGCCCCCAAAAGGGGCCGCACAUAACAAAGCCUUGUACCUGACAGUCAAGUGCGAAGGGCACAGCUACAAACCUGGGAAAGGGCUUGGGAAAUCGUUGCAAGGAAUAGCUGAACCUAUCACCCUGACCGCAAGUGAAAGGUUCUUUGGGGUAGGCUUCCGACCUAUUCCAGCUGAUGUAAGAUGGGCAGAUGAUAGAAAGAAUGAUGGUUGA